GCCAUGCUGUGCGAGGGAGGACGGCUCGUUGCUAGGCAACCGCCAGACGCGUUACCCUUAGUGCGGUGUGCGGGUGGAAGCCAACUUCCUCAGGAUCAAAGACCCCAGCUGACUCCUAUCAGGCUGGCUGAGAUCUGCCCAAAGCUGGGCUGGCUGAUGGAGUGUCACAGUGGGAGGAAAGACUCUCAGGCCACUGCCCCUCCCUGAGAACUUAUACAAGUUCAAUGAUCGAGGCAUUUUUCUUCAGUGGUGUAGCCAUUGGACCAACCAAGCCUGCCCUGGUGCUGCUCUGCUGUAUAGGAACCUGGCUGGCCAUCAGCAGCUCGUCAUUUGGUGCACCAAUAUCAAAGACACACUUAAAAAAUACAAUUGAGUUCUUGAAACUGGAGUCUAAGGAACUUUAUGAAAACUAUCGCAGAGACCAGGCAUCUGGGAUAUCAGUGGAUGCGUCGCUACAGCUGCCAUGUUUCAGCCUGGGCCGAGAAGCAUUAACCAACAUCUCGAUCAUCAAAGCACAUCUAGAGAAAGUCAAAGUUCUGAGCGACAACAUAGUAGAUACUACUAAGGUCACAAGAUGGCUAGAAAACAUCAGCUGUGUCAACCCACUGAAUUUAAAAAUUUCUGGGCCUGGAGACAAACCCUAUGCUCAGAAAAAGUUCGUGCUUACUGUUUUAAAGCGGUUCUCAGACUGCAUGGCAGGACUGCAGGCUAAGGACAGUAUAUGCUGAGCAGCAGAGAGGGGGAGGGGCCCAGUACCCUCAGCAGCCCCUGUCCCGGGAGGGCUGAGCUUGCAACGUAGGACUUAACUCCGAAGAGACUGCGCCAUCAUUAUUAGUCAUGUUAUUUAUAUGUUUUUAUUCUGUCCACUGGAGCCUUGUUCUUCUACCCUGUAGGGGCUGGAAGUGGCAGCUAUAUUUAUUUAUUGGUAUUUAUGUACUGAGUUCGUCAACACUCCAUGGAGGAGCCCUCAGAGUCUAUUUAAUAAAUUAUAUUGACAUGAUCUCAUAA